UGAAUAUUUCAGAAAAAGUUUUGCAGUAGGCCCAGAGGAUUUGAAAUUUUGAGUCCACAUCCAGACAGCACUCUGGGUAGUUGUGGUAACGAUGUCCUCUUUACUAAUUUCUGUAAAAUUUCGGAAAAGAAUCCGCGCCAGUGAUUCCGCAGAUCCUUUGGAGUUGCCAAGUCUUGAAGUGCUGGACACAGAAACUGCAUGCCAGGUAGCAUGCAAACGUCCCUCACGAGCCGUCGUUCCUGUUUCGUCGACGCUUGUUCCAGCAGUUUUUUCUGUUCCAAAUCGGAGCUUCGCCAUCGCUUCAUGCACUUCAAGCAUUGUAAGAGCAGCAGUGUGAGAAUUUCAGAAUCCCGGAGGAGUUUCAGUAGCGCAUCUGGCUCUCUUUGGUAGGAUUUCCAGGCUUUGUGGGCUUGCACGUGCUGGUUUUAGCAUGCCUCACAGACGAGGAGAUGGACGUGCAAUUAACGACGUGGCUGAGGGAGUAGGAGUUCAGGAUGACGAGGUCCUUCUUACAAUGAAGAGUGCGGUGGAUACGAAGAUCAACAGCACCCCUCAUAAGCCGUUGUUCUCAUUCGGAGUGAUCACAGACAUCCAGUACGCGGACAUUGACAAUGGGAGAUCGUUUCUGGGCGUUCCUCGCUACUACCGUCACGCUCUUAUUGGGGUUCAGAGAGCAGUGCAAGCUUGGAAUAAGAAGGGUGAUCUUUCCUUCGCAAUUCAUUUCGGCGACCUUGUGGACGGUUUUUGUCCAAAGGAGAAAUCCAGAACAGCAUUCAAUACUGUUCUCUCCGAACUUGCGAAGUUUCAGGGUGGCCACGUCUAUCACAUGAUCGGCAAUCACUGCCUCUACAACCUCCCCCGACAGGAGCUCAAUCAAAUCCUCCAUAUACCCACUUCAAAAUCAGAACAACGAUCAUACUAUUCCUUCAGCCCUAUGCCAGAGUUCCUCUUCGUCGCAUUAGAUGGAUACGACAUAAGUACUCUGGGAUGGCCGACGGAUCACCCGCACUUUAAAGCUGCGAUGGAGCUAUUGAACCGCAGGAACCCUAACGACGAAAAGAACAGUCCAGUAGGGCUCAGGGGUGUAAACCAAAGAUUCGUGAAAUUCAACGGUGCAGUUGGAGAGAAGCAACUGGAAUGGAUGGAGACGAAAUUGCAGGAAGCGCAAGAUGCUGGACAAAAGGUGGUAAUAUGUUGUCACUUGCCAUUAGAUCCAGGUGCAUCGUUUCCUACGAGUCUUCUCUGGAAUUAUGAUGCUGUCAUGACGAUUGUGCACAAGUUCAAUUGCGUCGUUGCUUGUCUGGGUGGUCAUGCCCAUGAGGGUGGCCAUUCUGUGGAUUCUCACGGAAUUCACCAUCACGUCCUUGAAGCAGUCUUGGAAUGUCCACCAGGCACAGAUUCGUAUGGCUACAUCGACGUCUACCACGAUCAUCUCUCACUUCGAGGAACUGGUCGAAUGGAAUCCAUGGAAAUGUUCGUCUAACUCUCUUUCACACCAUUCUUUCUACUGAACGCUGGGAAAUCAUGGGAAGCGCUUUACCUUGAGAAGGAAUGAACUCAUUUAUAACAGGUAGAUAGAAUUUUUACUCCUCAACAUUCGGGGCGCAUAGAUUAGCACACACCUUUUUGUGUAUAGAUUCCAUCUCCAAGUUGUGAACUGUUCAUGUUAGCACCGACCCGUAAUCAGAAAACAGCCUCUGCUCACCUGGGUCUUGUGAGCUCAUGUGUCAACAGUCAAUUUAAAUACCAGCGCCUGCACUUCUAAUACAGAUAUCUUACAACAGAUUUAACAGCUCA